GUCAUUUCAACGUCAAUUUUCUGUAAUUGUCAAAAAUCAAUAAUUUUCAAAUGAAAAUAAAUAAAGAAUUCACCGAAAUUAAAACGAUUUCUGUAUUACAAGCAGCAUUACACCGAGCCAACUCAACAAGGCAUCUUCCCGCGUUUUAGAAAUGCUUUAAACGCGUUAAAAUCAACAAUGCCGGGGCCUACGAGAAGACUGAACCGAAACGUUCGCCCGACCCCGAUAUCUCCCCCCGUUAUAUCCAGCUUCGCCAACGAACCAUGCGGACAACGGUACGCCCCAUUGGGCGCCUCGGUCCCCACGCUACCCGCCUUAGAACCCCCCGCGGCCCCGAGACAUUUCCCAUUCCCCAACACUCCGGUGGACAACGAUCUGUUCUUCGAGGGCUACAUGUGCUUCUUCGCCAUCGCCACGACGGCUUUGCAAUUCCUGCAUUUGUAUCGGUCCGUUUGGUGGUUGCCCAAUUCUUACACUAGACUGGCAAUGAAUUUCUAUCUAAUCGACCCGUAUUUGGUUGUGUUUAUUAUUGUGACGUUAUCGAGGCGAUUCGUUUAUAUGAUGGGUUGUGUGGUUUUGAAUCAAAUUGUAGACGAUCGAAGCCAGUAUUACGUACACUCGUAUUUUAGAUUAGUCCUCUUCGGUGUCACUAGUUUGAUAUUAGCGGGCUGUAUGUACAACGUGAUACAAAACUACCACUUGGAGAAAAUGCUUUAUUUGUGUUACCCAUUCUUUAUUUAUUUGCUUUUUUUCGGAUUCAACAUCCAUCCGUUCUUCGAAUUGAUCAAGUGGAAGUCCUCGGUACCUCCGCUCCACGCGUGCAGUCUGAGCGCCCCAGCCGUAAGGAAAGAAGUGGAAUGUCUCAUCAAUAAUUUCAAUUGCAGAAUGAAAGAAAUUCUAUUCACGUCGAUAUGUAACGCUUAUUACGCUGGAUUCAUACCCUGCUGUUUCGCUCAAGCUUCGGUACACUACGAUAUCCUGUGGGCAUCUCAACACGUUCUAUUCAUAUUCAUCACUGGUUUCAUAUCUCUGUCGAUACACGUUUUAUCUUUGAGAUAUUGCGAUAUUUUGCACCGUUCCGCCUUGCAUUUGGGAACGUGGGAGAGAUUAGAAACGGGACGGACCAUGUUAUUGGUGAAUAACACCUGGAAAGAGGAUACCUUGUGGCCCUACGGAGCCCUAGUGAGGUACGGUAAAGACAUUUGGAGGGCCCAAGGCGAUUGUAACAGCAGCGAGCCGGGGAAUGUGGGUUUAAGACGGUUUUAUAGUGUUUUUAAAAACCCCACGUAUACCUUGGGUUUGAAGCUGUUUCUGCUUAUCCUUAUGGUGGUGUGUCAGCUGGUGCUGUUGAUUCGGAGCACUUUGUGGUAUAAAAUAAUUUCCCUUACGUUUAUACUGUUUUUUAAUUAUUAUAUACUUUACAAAUUGUUCAGAGAUUAUCUAGUCAGUCAUAAAAUCUAUAGAGAGGAAAGAGACUUGCACAAAAAGAUUAAUAUGAGGUAAAUAACAAAAAUAAACCAGUAAAU